CAUACGCGAACUUUCCAAAAAGGCGCUGGCCUGCCCCUCGCUUGAAGACGACGACAACGAACGACGACGAGGCUCGACGACCAUCCCUCCACCCGACACCUCCAUAUCACAGAAGGGGACACCCACAUAUUCAAGAUGCCUCGUCUUCCCAACAGCGAGGACCCGCCCGAGAGGCCCGACUUCAUCACCAACAUCAUCAAUGGCCUCGAGAGGUACAACCCCGAAGCCGUUGGCACACUCGAGCAAUACCUCACAACACAAUGCGAGGAGAGGUUCUGCGACUGCAAUGCCAACAGGACAUUGCUGAAGCUGUACCAACUUAACCCAGACCGUAUCAAGGACGAGGUCAUCACCAACAUCCUCGUCAAGGCCAUGACCCUCUUUCCCUCCCCACAAUUCAGCCAAGCCCUGCACCUCCUCAGCCCAUCCGCCCUCUCCCAGCAAUCUGAGCUCUCAGAGGCCGUGUCCAAGCUGCGUGCCCUCAACAACCAGCUCGAGGGUGCCCAGUACGCCCGCUUCUGGGCCACUAUCGAGAGCGACGACCUCUACGCCGAUCUCACCACCGACAUUCAGGGUUUUGAAGAGAUGGUGCGCCUGCGCAUCGCCGUCCUGGUCAGCCAAGCAUUUAGGGAGGUGCAGCUUUCGCUAAUGGAGCAGUGGCUGGGUCUGGACGAGGCGCCGCUCAAGACGUUCAUCACGGAGGCUUGCGGGUUCAAGAUCGAGGGCGACAUCGUCCAGAUUCCCAAGAACCCCGACAACGAGGCGAAGAAGGCUGAGAUUAGGGAAGACGUUAACGUGGAAAUGUUCUCGAGGGUUAUCAGGAGGGCAUGGGAAGAGGUUGCAUGAGGGUCUUGUGUCGGGGCAUGUUAUGGUUUACGACGCAAUAGAUUUUAUGAUACCAGCCAUCGUUUCGAAUCCGAAUGUUGCUCAUGGGAAGGGUAUAAAAGGUUGGGACAAAAGCCAUGCGUUCAGGUUGAGGCGGAGUUUAUGCGAUCUUGGUGCUAGUCGAUGCCGUGGAAUGUUACAGGGGCUAUGAGCUAUUGAAGCCAUGCCUGCAUGAACAACAAGUUUUGUUGUGGACGAAUUUGCUGGGUAUAUAUGGCAGAUCCAUUGUUACCUAAAAGCCACCGGCUCCGAAGCCAUUGCCAUGUUUAUGA